GCUGUCUCCUUUGUUCGCCCUCGUUGCGCAGUAGUGCGAGCGGCUUCUCGCUUCCUUUUUCGGGACCGACCACCCUCCAGCGUGCUGAGCUGCUAGGAAGCCGCCGUCGGCGAGCUCGUAGGAGCUUGAAACCGUCGUCACCCCUCCGACUUUCACCAGAGGGAAAAAAUGGUUGAAGCAGAUCGCCCAGGAAAGCUCUUCAUCGGUGGCCUUAAUACAGAAACAAAUGAGAAAGCUCUUGAAGCAGUGUUUGGCAAAUAUGGACGAAUAGUGGAAGUUCUCUUGAUGAAAGAUCGUGAAACCAACAAAUCGAGAGGAUUUGCUUUUGUCACCUUUGAAAGCCCAGCAGAUGCUAAGGAUGCAGCUAGAGACAUGAAUGGAAAGUCCUUAGAGGGAAAAGCCAUCAAGGUAGAACAAGCCACUAAACCAUCAUUUGAAAGUGGUAGACGUGGACCACCUCCACCUCCAAGAAGCAGAGGCCCUCCAAGAGGCCUUAGAGGUGGAAGAGGAGGAAGUGGAGGAACCAGGGGACCUCCCUCACGUGGAGGGCACAUGGACGAUGGUGGCUAUUCCAUGAAUUUUAACAUGAGUUCUUCCAGGGGACCACUUCCAGUAAAAAGAGGACCACCGCCACGAAGUGGGGGUCCUCCUCCUAAAAGAUCUGCCCCUUCAGGACCAGUUCGCAGCAGCAGUGGAAUGGGAGGAAGAGCUCCUGUAUCACGUGGAAGAGAUAGUUAUGGAGGUCCACCUCGAAGGGAACCCCUGCCCUCUCGUAGAGAUGUCUAUUUGUCCCCAAGAGAUGAUGGAUAUUCUACUAAAGACAGCUAUUCAAGCAGAGAUUACCCAAGUUCUCGUGAUACAAGAGAUUAUGCACCACCACCAAGAGAUUAUACUUACCGUGAUUAUGGUCAUUCCAGUUCACGUGAUGACUAUCCAUCAAGAGGCUAUAGUGAUAGAGAUGGGUAUGGUCGUGAUCGUGACUAUUCAGAUCAUCCAAGUGGAGGUUCCUACAGAGAUUCAUAUGAGAGUUAUGGUAACUCACGUAGUGCUCCACCUACACGAGGGCCCCCGCCAUCUUAUGGUGGAAGCAGUCGCUAUGAUGAUUACAGCAGCUCACGUGACGGAUAUGGUGGAAGUCGAGACAGUUACUCAAGCAGCCGAAGUGAUCUCUACUCAAGUGGUCGUGAUCGGGUUGGCAGACAAGAAAGAGGGCUUCCCCCUUCUAUGGAAAGGGGGUACCCUCCUCCACGAGAUUCCUACAGCAGUUCAAGCCGCGGAGCACCAAGAGGUGGUGGCCGUGGAGGAAGCCGAUCUGAUAGAGGGGGAGGCAGAAGCAGAUAUUAAAAACAAACAAAACUUUGGACCAAAAUCCCUGUUCAAAGAAACAAACAAAAGUGGAACCUAUUCUAUCAUAACUACCCAAGGAC